AUGGGGUCAGACAGAAAUGGUAGUGAAUCUGAGAGAAAUCGGAAGGUGUUGCUUGGGAUAGGGUUCUGGGUGCAGGGGUUGAGGUGCUUCCCAUGGAUGGGUGUCAACUUUUUCCUCAAGGAUGGGAUGAGAGUGGACCCCUCCACUCUCCAGAUCCUGCAGAACUCUGCCAAUCUGCCCAUGGUUGCUAAGCCUUUUUACGGUAUCCUCUCUGAUUCCUUCUACAUCUUUGGCCAACACCGUGUCCCUUACAUCGCCCUAGGAGCAUUUUUACAAGCAGUGUCAUGGAUAACUAUUGCGCUUUUCGCCAAAUCAGGCAUCUCAUUUCUAUCAAUCACUAUUUAUCUGCUGCUAGGGAAUCUGGGUGCUUCAAUAGUUGAAGUUGCCAAUGAUGCCAUUGUUGCUGAGACUGGAAAACAACCUACCUCAUCCAAGAACUCGAAACCAUCUUCCUCGGGUGAACUUCAGUCAUUUGUUUGGAUGGCCUCGUCCAUUGGUGGAGUUCUGGGAAAUCUUAUUGGUGGAAUUACUAUUGAUAAAUUCUCAACGCAGAUGAUGUUCCUCAUGUUUGGCAUUCUUCUUUCCUUUCAGUUCAUAAUAACACUUUUCAUUUGCGAAAGCUCUUUAGACCUUCCCAAAAGUCCAUCCUUAGUAGGUUUUAGAAAGCAAUUAUCUGAGCUCUUGGUUGCUUUACAGAAGCCAGAGAUCUGUUACUCUAUAAUCUGGUUGGCUCUAUCAUAUGCUGUAAUCCCGGCCCUGACUGGAACCAUGUUUUACUACCAAACCCAACAUUUGAUGAUUGAAUCGUCACUACUGGGGAUAUCGAAGGUGUUCGGGCAAGCAGCUAUGCUGCUCUGGGGAAUUGUAUAUAAUUGUUACCUCAAAUCGAUUCCACCAAGAAAACUAAUCGCAGCCAUUCAAGUCUUUAUGGCUAUUUUCGUGAUGUCAGAUGUUUUGUUUGUGAAUGGGGUGUACCAGAGUAUAGGCAUUCCCGACACACUAUAUGUCAUGGUUUUCUCAGGAUUGCUAGAGGUUUUAUGCUUCUUCAAGAUUCUACCUUUCAAUGUUUUGAUGGCACAGCUUUGCCCACCCGGGUGUGAGGGUUCGGUCAUGGCCUUCGUAAUGUCUGCUACUGCUCUUGCGUUUAUAGUGAGUGGUUACUUAGGAGUGGCUCUUGCAUCUUAUGUUGGAGUGACUGGAGAAGACUUCUCUGGCUUGCCAUGCGGCCUUUUGAUACAGGCCGUGUGCACACUGUUACCCCUCUUCUGGUCAUCAUGCAUCCCAGACGUAAAAUCCGAAGGCAAGAAGAAGGAAAACUAA